CAGUCAGCUCUCCCUUCCUCCGAUUUGUCGCGAUUGUCACGGACGCCACCGAGGGAGAAAGAGAGAGAGAGCGAGAGUGGGGGCGGGAUGGCCGGGCGCUUCCGUCCUACCAGUCUUCCUCCUCACGCCACCUUCCUGUCUACCUCCUCCUCAUUUCUCGUGUCUCUCUUUCCCGGAGUUCAGGCUGCCGGCGACGCGUCUCAGUUAUGCCGCUGACGCUCUCCGACGGAGCGGUGCUAGGAUUGGGGCUUCACAGGGUUUUGCGGGAGGUUGAUGGAGGGAUCUGGCGGCGGAGGCGGAAGCGGAGGAGGAGGGGGGUCUCCGGCUCCUUUCCUGAUUAAGACGUACGAUAUGGUGGAUGACGCGAGCACCGACGCGAUCGUGUCGUGGAGCGCGGCCGGGAACAGCUUCGUGGUGUGGAACUCGCCGGAGUUCGCACGCGUCCUCCUCCCGACCUACUUCAAACACAACAAUUUCUCCUCCUUUAUCCGCCAGCUCAACACCUAUGGGUUUCACAAGAUUGAUCCUGAACGUUGGGAGUUUGCUAACGAGGACUUCACAAAAGAUAAUAAGCAUCUGCUGAAGAACAUCCAUAGACGUAAGCCUAUUCAUAGUCACAGCCAGCCACUCUCUCAACCAUCAUCAGGGGAUGCUGAAAGAGCAGCGCUUGAGGAAGAAAUUCAGAAGCUUAGGAAGGAGAAAGAUAUUCUUUUGGCUAAUCUUGCGAGAUACAGACAGCAGCAGGAAGGAAGCACGGUCCAAUUAGAAAAGCUUGAGCCACGGGUUGGUGAAAUGGAACAAAGGCAGGCAAAAUUGAUGCAAUUUUUGGCAAAAGCAGUAAAAAAUCAAUCUUUCAUUGACAAUCUUAUUUGUGAGGUCGAAAGGAAUAUGCAGGUAAUGGCCAUAAAAAAAAAGAGAAGGCUGCCAAAUGACUGUGAAGCCGUGGAGAACAACCCUACGGAUAGCCAGACUGUACAGAGAUCUUUGACCACAAGAUCUCCAAAUGUUUUGACUGGAGAUGCUGAAAGCUGGGACCUUGCAAAUAAGUUAAGGCUGGAGCUUUCACCUGCGGCUUCUGAUAAUCUACUACCAGCUUGUAGGCAUGGCUCCAGUGAAGAUGAUGGCAACACGCAGCAUACACCGUCUAAUCUAGCAGGAAGAAAAGCUGGAUCUGACGAAUCUUUAGAGCUUCUGGAUUGUGAUACAUCUUUGGCAUUUACAAAGAACAUCUCUUUGAGGGAAAAUUCAUCAGCUGAGGAACUUGAUGGAAAUUGUCAUUUGAAUUUAACACUUUCAUCGUCCCCUUUCUCCCCAGUUCGUGGCAGGGUUAAGGAAACCUAUGAAAAAGCUGCGGUAGAGAGAAAGUCUGGCGGCAAUGCAAGCUCAGUAACGUCAAAAGAAACGACAGUCAAUAACCAGGCAUCUUCUGGAAGAGUCAAUGACGUAUUCUGGGAGCAGUUCCUUACUGAAAGGCCGGGUUCCUCGGAUACUGAAGAAGCAAGCUCUACUUUUAGGACAAGCCCAUGUGUAGAACAAGAAGAGAGGAACUCCAUGCAGGAAAUGUCAUGGAGCAGUAAGCAAAAGAUGCAACAACUCACGCUAUGACUUGUAGGAAUGAGGCUGCCAAUAUGACAUAAAAUCUGUGUCUUCUUAUCUCAUUAUGCAAAUCUUAUUGGAAGUUUGAUUGAAACAAUUGUCUGACGCACUGUACAUAAUUGUAUGCUCAAUGUUCAUGAAAAAAGUGUAUUUGCUAUUAUGCCAUAAAAAGAAUCCUAGCAGGUUUUAUUGUUCAA